CAAUUUUUUCAAAUCCAAUUUACUGAUCCACAAUGCCCUUGUGGUCGAGGCCUUACAAUAAUCUUUUGGCUCUUCUAGAAAUUCUAAAUUUAAGGAAUCAAAAUUUAAGGAAUCUGCCACAAGAUGAGCAUGCGUAACAUGAAUUGCGACUUAGUUGCUCAAUUUCCGAGGAGUUCCAAGAUAGGUUCGAUCUGCAAGAGACAACCUCCUAGAAACACAUGUCUAUCCCAGGAGCAUUGUCUUUGGCGGCAGAGAAACCAAGUGGAAGUUCAGCAAUUGGCCAAGCUGCUUGGCUGCUAUCCAGAGGAAAUAGAUGGCUUCCUUUACAAACUCAGCCUGGAGAACUACAAUCAUCUCUUGAGUCCCAAGGGCUGUGGAUGGAAUUCCUGCAAUGUGCCACUUUGUUAUCCUUGUGUCUGUGAUCGCUACAUGGCCAUUUUCGAUCAUCGUGGCAACUUGAGGAGCUCCAUCCGUCCGAAGAGUCUUAAUGGCUUACUUUCGUUAAUUUUGGAUUUUUUGAAUGAAGAUUCGCCCGGUGGCCGAAAGGAUUUCCAGUUAUAUCCUUACAGUCGUCUAGCGAAAUUACAUUCGAAAACUUAUUCCAUGAGAGAUGACCAUUCAAUCCUGGGUUCGGAAUACAGUGAUAUCCAAAGUCUCAGAUCUUUAAAUUGGCAUACCAAGAUUACAAGGAGUCUAAAAAAUAGCAUUACACCUGUAGAAAUACAGCCCUUGAUGUGGAAGCUGCCAGAAUUGGAAUCUGAGGAGGAUUUGCGUCAAGAAAAGAAAAAGAAAACCUUUGGACGACAGUCUGUGUUCCUUAACGAUGAACUUGCCUUAGCUUAUACCAAGCCUGAUGAUUAUGUCGAGUACCUUAUGAAAACCCUGGGUCGACAUCGCAUUAGGGGUAGCUACGUGGGGCCUGUGGGACAGUUAAGAACAUUACGUCUUCGUCUUCUACUUCAAAAACUAGUUGAACAGAAGGGAACUAAUAUAACUGAAGAGGAUUUGAACAAGGCCCUUAAGAAGGUGGAUCUUGAGUGGAAAAAGACUGCGAGGGCGGAUUAUAAACGUGAGAAGAAAACAGCCGAUGAGAUUUCGAGGCUUUACAACGCCAUUGUUCAAAGAUCGUCAGGGCGUCCAAUACCGCCUGUUCUGGGAAAAGUAAGAGGCAAUUACCCAAAGGUUCCAAAAGCUGCGAAGCUUCCCAGAAAAUACUUGGGCAAUCAAGUCCCCAUACUGUUUCAUGAGCCCUUUGAUUCACAAAAACCUUGGACCUGGCAACGCCGACAUCCAAAACAAACUCGGCUAAAUGCCAAAUACAAGUUCUCAACAACAAGGAUCAAACGAUAUGUACGUAGUUCCUUGAAGGAUCAAAUAGAUGAGGCGUCAGAUCGGUAUUCAAUUCACUCGACAAUCAGUGACAAAGGUAGAUCCGGGGAACGAGAGUCGAUGGAACCCUUGUUUGGAGGUCCAAAAGUAUAGUCAAAAUUUAAGCAAAGGUUGUAAAUUAUAUU